GUCAAAUUUUCGCCAUUGUUCUUCGUCCACAGUGCACAGCUUGCCAGCAAGCCUUCUUUUCCGUACCCGCCGCCUUAGCCGAGCUGGUGGAAUGGAUUCACUACCUCGUGCUGAAUCUGUGAGCGAGAACACCAGAUAGACCGACCUGCAAUGUGACUCCGGUGAAACGAAGAUGAUUUAAAAAAGCUCAGCUUUUGGAUCAUUCCCACUCAGUAGAUCCCCUUCUUCGAUGGCAACUGUAGACGCUUCCAAAGAUAUCGUAAUUCUCGGUAUUUUCGGUCGAAAUGUCAUCUUGACUUCAGCUGGCUUAUUGACUACGUCUGUCCUCUAUGGAGUCUACUUGAUCGUAUUCUUCGCGGCCAUGAGCAUUAUGUGCCGACGAACCUACAGCUUCACGGGUCCACGGAUAGCUCUACUCGCAGCUGUGAUAAUCCUCUUCAUUUUAUCGACCAGCUACAUUUGCUGUUCUUUCUCCUACUUUAUCCUCGGUGUCGAGAAACUUCUCGUCGAAAACCCUGGAACCGUUCCCCUGCUCGUCAAGAAUGCUGGUUUAUUGGCCAAGCAUCGCUCAUUGGGUGUUAUCGGUGAAAUCACUUUCCCUAUCGCGAGUGUCGUGGGGGAUUCCAUCGUCAUAUGGAGAGCAUGGGUGCUUUCUGGUGGGAAUAAGAAAGUCAUGAUUCUGCCCGUGUUGUUACUCCUCGGUACGACAGGAACCGCUUUCUCCUGGGUUGGAUGUAUGGUCAAAGAGCAUAUGCCGGUUUCGUUCUCUGCCGAAUGCAAAAACCGAAAUACGGCCACGUUUAUUCUGUCAAUGGUCACCAAUGUCGCUGGAACCGUUGUCAUAGGCUAUCAGACUUGGUUAUACCGACGGUCUUUCAAACAAUACAUGAACAACCAUGAACGUCAAGGACGCGCUGAGAAGAUUAUGGUUAUGCUCCUCGAGUCUGGUAUCGUAUACACUACCUUUUGGAUCAUCAUGAUGUCCGUGUUGGUCGCGCCAAACACCCCUGACUACACAAAUCAAGCGUUUCGAAUCGUUUUUUCUGCUUCAGCUACGCAACUUGUAGGAAUCUAUCCCACCUUGAUGGUCGUUCUCGUCUUCCUACGACGUUCCCUAUGGGACGUCGCUGGCAACUCCACGGUCUAUGAGGAUACAGAUAUGAAAUUUGCUCCGAACGGCAAAGACAAAGACACAAUGACCAACAAUAUGCCAGUGUCCACUUAUAACAAAUCUGAGAUGGGUCUGUAGAGGUUGACAGCACUAUGACACGGGACAGCCGCUUGAAGCUUGACCGGUGAUCCGCAAUGAAGGAAACUUUAACUUAUUAUAAUGUGUUCGGUUGUACAGUAAUGUACAAGAACCUCACCUUGUCCUUUUGACCCACAUGAGAAGCUGCCUGCAUACAUAGAUCCUGGCUUAUUGGUCGGGCCAUUGGGCGGAGGAGGUCACCGCCGACCACGGACGACGUUCUGAUAUCAACUAUCAGGCGUAAUUGUGGCGUGUUUUCUGCUGGGAACCGAAAGGUUUUGUGUUAAAUUACUGAUGGGAGCCACUCAGACCAACUAAAGCCAGGGAUUCAAUGAAAAAAGUUUGCGAGCC